AUGAGAUUAUUUAAGGACGACCAGAGGCCCUCUUUCUAUUCUGAAAUAUCUAAUAUUGAUGAGUUAGAACAUGGGGAUGAGUUGAAAAGAGUUCAAUAUGAGCUAAAGGUACUUUGCGAGGAGCAACAGAGAGAGGGGCCGGAGCGACAGAGAGAGCAGGUGGAGCUGGAGCUACUUCGAGAGGAGGUGGGGCGACUUCUUGAGGAGCGAAAAAGAGAGCAUAAGGAGCGACAAAGGGGUCAGGAGGAGCUGGAGCUACUUCUCGAGAAACAAAAGAGAGAGCAAGAGGAGCAACAAAGAGAACGUGAGGAGAUGGGGCUACUAUGGGAGGAGCGAAAGAGAGAACAUGAGAAGCGACAGAGAGAGCGGGAGGAGUUGGGGUUACUUCGAGAGGAGCAACAGAGAGAGCGAGAGGAGCUAGGGCUACUUUUGGAGGAGCGAAAGAGAGAGGCGGAGGAGCGACGAAGAGAGCAUGAGGAGCUGAAGAUACUACAGGAGGAGCGAAAGAGAGAGAAGAAAGAGCAACAGAGAGAGCGGGAGGAGCUGGAGCUACUUCGAGAAGAGCGACAGAGAGAGCAGGAGGAGCUACAGCUACUUCGAGAGGAGCGAAAGAGGGAGCACAAUAAAUGUCAGAGAGAACAAGAGAUGUUGGGGCUACUUCGGGAGGAGCAACAAAAGGAGCGACAGAGAGAGCUGGAGGAGGAGGUGAGACGACGCAAGGAGGAGCAGAUACUACGAGACGCACACCAAAAAGAGAUUGAUGAACUCAAAAGCUUUAUGAUGCAGUCGGAGCUAAUGAAACUUCAACCUGAGGUGGAGCUACUUGGAGAGGAGCAACAGAGGGAGCAGGAGGAGCGACAGAGAGAGCGGGAGGAGGAGGAGAGACGACACAGGGAGGAUCAGAAAGUACAAGAUACACAAAAAAGAGAGAUUGAGAAAAUUGAAAGCUAUAUGAUGUCAUCUAUUGCUGAGUUAGCACGUGAGGAAGAGCUGGAAAAAGUUCAACAUGAGCUGGAGCUACUUCGAGAGGAGCGAAAGCGGGAGCAGGAGGAGCGACGGAGAGAACGGGAGGAGCAGGAGAGACGAGGCAGGGAGGAUCAGAAAGUACUAGACACGCAACAAAGAGAGAUCGAGAAACUCAAAAGCUAUAUGAUGCUGUCCACAGAGGUUUCCACCCACUUCAAAUCUGCUAGAUGAGGUCCGUAGUUGUUCAAGGUUAUUAAGAUUAUAGAUGAUUUCUGUACAGCGGUUGACUGCAUGUUGCAGUUGGUGUGUCUUUUGCGAUUUUGUAUGAGGGGAGCUCAUUGUUAAAACAUUCAAGUACAAACCAAUCGACAAUGGGGGAGAGACAGCUCAGGUUCAUAUACUAAUGAAUUUCUGAGGUGAUAACAGAUUGACGUGGGACGAAUUCCGACACUCAUUGUACGGCAGUGUUUCGAGGGGGGUUUAUACUUAAUGUACAUAAGCCAUGGGUUGUGGAAGGUGAAAUACCCUAAGCUGAGUUCAGUACAUGUAUCAGUAUGUUGAAUAAAACUAGAGAACAACGGUACAAAGCUGGAAAUUCCCAUGGCUAUGAACUGUCAC